UGUGUCUGAAAAACUGAGGAGGAUUUUCAACAAACAGCAGAUCCCUGUCUUUUUUAAGCCAAAUAAAACAUCAUCUUUCACCAUUUUACAAUCAGGUCCUUUCAAAACUCCCCAAAAGAACGACUCAGCAGACUCAUGCUCAUGACCACUAUUAGCACACGAGGGCUCAGUGACAUCUGUGCAUUUCAACGACCCCCACCGAUACUCACAACGACCAUCGUUGAGUAGUCAGAUGAGUUUUGGUAUCGGUCAUUGGAAUAAUAGCCCUGGACACACCUCACAGAGGUUUAAAAGCUGAGGCAACACCAACCACCACCAGAACUGAAGAAGCCUCUUGGAUGAGAGAAGUAUCGUUACCAAGACGAUGAGACUCCGCCUGUCGACCCCAGCCCCGGUCACAUGACCCACGGACGCAGCACCGAGCUGAGCCACGCACACCUGGACGGAUACACACAUCCCGCCGCGCUCACCAUGAACGGAUCCGAGGGAGAGCUGGAGUAUGAAGAGAUCACUCUGGAGAGGGGAAACUCUGGUCUGGGCUUCAGCAUUGCAGGAGGAACUGAUAAUCCUCAUAUUGGAGACGACCCUUCCAUCUUCAUCACCAAGAUCAUCCCUGGAGGAGCCGCUGCUCAGGAUGGACGCCUCAGGGUGAACGACAGCAUCGUUUUCGUUAAUGACGUUGACGUCCGUGAGGUCACUCACUCCAUCGCCGUGGAGGCGCUGAAGGAGGCGGGGCCUGUGGUCAGACUUUACGUCCUGAGGCGACGCCCACCGAGUGAACGUAUCACACAGAUCAAACUGAUGAAGGGACCUAAAGGUCUGGGUUUUAGUAUAGCUGGUGGUGUGGGAAACCAACAUGUUCCUGGAGACAACAGCAUCUACGUCACCAAGAUCAUCGAGGGUGGAGCGGCGCACCGCGACGGACGACUGCAGAUCGGAGAUAAAAUCCUGGCGGUCAACCACGUCUCUCUGGAGGACGUCCUGCACGAAGACGCCGUGGCAGCCCUGAAGAACACCGGGGAGGUGGUCUACCUGAAGGUGGCCACGCCCACCUCGCAGUACAUCCACUCUGUGGACCGAUACAGCCCCCCCGACCUGACCAGCUCCUACAUGGAACCGGACUACAUGUGUGAUUACCCACAAGCCCUACCUCCUCCGUCUCCACGGCGAUACUCUCCCAUCCCCCGCGGCAUGCUGGGAGAGGACGACUACUCCAGGGAGCCUCGGAGGGUCUGCGUCCAGAGAGGGACCACCGGUCUGGGCUUCAACAUCGUAGGAGGAGAGGAUGGAGAAGGCAUCUUCAUCUCCUUCAUCCUGGCUGGAGGACCAGCAGACCUGAGCGGGGAGCUCCGCAAGGGGGACCAGAUCCUCAGUGUGAACGGUGUGGACCUCAGGUAUGCUACUCAUGAACAGGCAGCAGCAGCUCUGAAGAACGCUGGACAGACGGUGACUAUAGUGGCUCAGUACAGACCUGAGGAGUACAGCCGUUUUGAAGCUAAGAUCCAUGACCUGAGGGAGCAGAUGAUGAAUAGCUCUUCUGGAAGUCUGAGGACCAACCGCACCUUCUACAUCAGGGCUUUGUUCGACUACGAUAAGCAGUGGGACUGUGGCGUCCUAUCACAGGCUCUGGACUUUAACUUUGGGGAGGUUCUUCACGUGAUUGACAGCUCUGAUGACGAAUGGUGGCAGGCGAGACGAGUCAACCAGCAGGGGGAGCUGGAGGAGCUGGGAUACAUCCCCUCUAAACACAGAGUGGAGAGGAAGGAGUGGUCUCGGAUGAAGAAUAAAGGUAGAGAAGGAUUCGUCCACAGCUACGAGCUCGUCACUCAGAUCGAAGUGGACUACGCUCGUCCCGUCAUCAUCCUGGGUCCGACCAAAGACCGAGUCAACGACGACCUGCUGUCAGAGUUCCCCGAUAAGUUCGGCUCCUGUGUUCCUCAUACGACCCGCCCCCGCAGGGACUACGAGGUCGAUGGGCGGGACUACCACUUUGUGUCGUCACGGGAACAGAUGGAGCGGGACAUCCAGUCACAUCGCUUCAUCGAGGCGGGACAGUACAACAACCACCUGUACGGGACGUCAGUGCAGAGCGUCCGGCAGGUGGCUGAGCAGGGGAAACACUGCAUCCUGGACGUGUCGGCCAACGCUGUCAGGAGGCUGCAGGCGGCGCUGCUGCAUCCAGUCGCCAUCUUCAUCAGACCUCGAUCUCUGGAGAACAUCCUGGACCUGAACAAGCGUCUGUCGGAAGACCAGGCCAGGAAAGCUCUGGAUCGAGCCAUCAAACUGGAGCAGGACUUCCUGGAGUGCUUCACAGCCAUCGUCCACGGCGACAGCUUCGAGGAGGUGUACCACCAGGUGAAAGGUGUCAUCGAGGAGCAGAGCGGUCCCUACAUCUGGGUCCCUGCCCGUGACAGACUCUGAUUGGCCACUGCCAGCCCUGGACACCAUCUCCAUUAAAACCGCCAUCCCUCCAGCGGAACCCGACGGAGCGGCGUCCAUCUUUUCAUCCUUUUCUUUCUUUCUACGGGACAAUAAAGAUCAAGCUCAGCGAUUUAAUGGGCUCUGUUGCCAUGGUGACCAGGAGAAGAGGACAGACCUGUCAUCUGAUUGGCUGCCUGUUGGUUCAAUAAUCAUGUAUUAUCAGUAAUUAACCAGUCAGAGACUGUAGAGUUCAGUUGGUAUUCAAGUAUUUAUAUUAUCCUAUUUAUUUAUUGAUUAUCUAUUUAUUUAUUGAGUGAUUGAUUUCUGUGAUGUGAAAAUGGUGUGUGUGUGUGUGUGUGUGUGUGUCGUGUACAUAAAGACUUGUGUGACUGUAAAUACAACGAUGGGGCUCAAACACACAGUCUAUUCAGGGCUUAAAGUGUCAACCACUGGACUACAACUCCCACAGUCCUUUACUGCUUGAAUAUCCAAACCUCCCUUUCUCUGGACUACAACUCCCACAAUGCUCCUGAUUUGAACUACAACACUCUAAUUUCCCAUCUGCUUCGACUACAGCACCCACAAUCCUCCUUGGUCAGGACUACAACAGACUUCAUGCUGGACUACAUGACCCACAAUCCACCUCUGCACAAAACCACUCACAGCUGGGAUGAAAAUCUAAAUUCCCCUCAUGGUGACUAAACUCUCACUAUCUAUGGCUGAAUCCCAAACCGCCCCCUACACACUCCCCCUCCACUACCGAGUGUCACUCCAAAAGAAGUCACACUCACAGCUGUGGAGGGCACCUAUUAUUGAAGGGGGAGGGUAUAAAUACGAUCGUCAGGAAUGGGACGCCCUGUCGCCUCACCGGAAAACGGAAGACGUCAUCGCCAUGGUAACACAAAGACGCCUACUGUCAUGGCUGUAGCGCUGUGGCACAGGUUGCAACUAACAAGGAUCGCUGCUGCUUCCAGAAGACGAAAGCGUCCCACUUUUUUCACUCACAUGUUUUCCAAUCCUAUUAUCUGGCAUUUCAGAUCCAACAAAUGAAUGAAUGAACGAAUUAUGUCAGUUGUGUUCAAAUUUUAAGGUCUCAGGGGGUGCACAAUUAAAUCAAACAUCAGCAGAGAAGAAGAUUUGUUUCUUUUGUUUUAUCUUUUUUCACCACUCUUUGUGAUGUUCUGUCAGUGUGAAAAAGGCGUGGGAGAAAUAAACGCAUGUGGAACUCACAUCAAUAUGUUUGUUUCCUCCUCCAUUUGGACGUUGCACUUCCUGAAAAAGUUGUUCAGAGUGAGCAUGGAUGCAGACUCGCUAUUUAAGGGCUGAACAGUCCACUCUCCCUCCACACUACGCGGUUUGGGACGGCCCUUAAUAUGGAGGACCCUCCACGGGAACGCGCAAACGGAGGGGUAGUGUGUAGGGAUAGUGUGUAGGGGUAGUGUGUAGGGGGUGGUUUGGGAUGCAGCCUAUAGCUCCUCUAGUGGGACUACAACUCCCUAAACCCCUCAGUGCCAGGACGAAUAUGGACUACAACACCCACACUCCUCCUCCGUUGCAGUUUGGACUGUGUUCAGCGCUGCCAUCUUUCUGGUUGCUUAGCAACAACAUGGAGGUAAAACAAACUGAAGCACUUCCAUUUUGAAGCAAAAAGCUCUGGACUACAUUACCCAAAGUUUCUAGCAGCUGACAAGGACGACAUAACCCACAAAUACCUAAAGAACAGGAGGACUACAGUACCCACAAUCCCCCUGACCUCCCAGUCCUCAUCAGAGUCUGGGUCUGGACUACAGUUCCCAUGAUCCUCGGCUCCUAGCAACAGGUUGGAGAUCAACAUUACCUGAAUAAAUAAACCCUCUGAGGGUGGAGCUAAAGCUUCAGCUGGUAACACACCUGUACAUCGUGGGCGGAGCCUCCUGUGACCCCAGGACUCUGUUACCCAGAGUGCCGUAGGUGCAGCUGCUGGUCCAAUGGGCUCCUCAGACUGACAUCAGGUUGUGUGAAUAUGCUAAUGAUGAUGAUGAUGUAAUCCUAAGUGAUGAUGUGAUGUCAUCUCACGGGUCACCGGAUGUGUUUUGUUUGAGCACCAACACUUUCUGUUGAUGAUCCUGUGAUUCAGACGCUGCUGGUCUGAAGAGCAGCUUGUUGUAAAAUGAAAUAAUUAGUUCUAAAUACGGAAAUAUUGAAAUAAAUUGCUUAUAAAAGCUG